CGACCAGCAUUACAGCUAAUGCCAUGGGGUCGGACGACUCUCGACCUUCCCUCCUCUCAAAGACUCCGAUAUAUGAUGCUACUGAACCAAACAACACACCUCAACAGAUUGCCAAUGAAGAUGAGGUUUUUGUACCAAGACUCAGACGGACUAAAAGUAUUGAAAUGAAAGACGCUGUUCCUGACAAUUCUGAUGAACUUUAUGAUUCCACAUCAGGGAGUAAUGAUGAUUAUAUUCCAGAUACCACUUGUGAAAGUGACAGUGGAAGUGAAUACAGCUUUAAACAAAACCUAAGGACCAAGAAUCAGUCUUUUGAUUUGCUUGAUGUCUCUGGUUCAGUGAGUUCCCAAGUCUGUGACUCGACAACCCCAGACAAAAUGACUUAUGAUGACCACAACCUUGCAUCUGAAGUCACUGGAGCAGAAGAAGAAGAACCCUCUUCAAGUCAGAAUGUAAAUGACAUCAUGGUUGUUAAGGCAUUAAAAAAAAGAGGAGGGAAUAGAAUUUACAACAAGAAACACUAUUGCUUGUAUUGCUCUAAACCAUAUUCUAAGAUCGCAAGGCAUCUAGAAGGUGCACAUGAAAAUAAACCUGAUGUAGCUAAAGCUCUAAGCUUUCCAAAGGGUUCCAAGGAGAGGAAAAAACAGCUAGAUUAUAUUCGUAACAGAGGAAAUUAUGCUCACAAUGCUGCUGUAAUGGAGUCAGGAAAGGGGGAACUAGUGCCAUUUAGGCGACCUCAUAAAGAAGUGCAGGGAAAGGAAUUCAUGCACUGUGCAUAUUGUCAAGGUCUUUUUACAAGAAAGGUUCUUUGGCGGCAUAUGCAUAAUUGUAAACUUAAACCCGGAUCAGUCACCUCCAAACCAGGAAAGAACCGUGUUCAGUCCAUGUGUACAUACACAGGGCCUGUGCCUUCACACGUAAGUAAACAACUGUGGGGAGUAAUCGGUGCCAUGAAUCCUGACCCAGUCACAGAUAUAAUCAAAAAUGACCAAGUCAUUAUUGCUCUUGGACAGCACUUGUUAAACAAAGGUGGACCAUCACGCAAGAAUCAACAGUAUGUUCGAGAGAAGAUGAGAGAAAUCGGAAGGCUGAUUUACAAUGCCAGCAAAGUGACCACCUUAAAAAAAUUGGAAGAUUUCAUAAAUCCAAAGAACUACAUGGACACUGUCAAAGCUGUCAAGUUUACAUGUGGGUAUGACAGUGAAACAAACAAGUUCUUAAUUCCAUCACUGGCAAACAAACUUGGAAAUGCCUUGGUUAAAGUAAGUAAACUUUUAAAAGCUCAGGGUUUAAUCUCAAACAACAAAGAGCUUGUUGAGAAUGCCAGUAAGUUUCUAGAUGUCCAUCAGCAAAAGUGGAAUGAGAUGAUCUCAGCUACUGCAUUGAGGAACAUCAGUGAAGCAAAGUGGAAUGUGCCCACUCUCAUGCCCUUUACUGAAGAUGUCCAAAAAAUGCAUGCAUAUCUCAAUGAAAUGCAGGAUAACUGGUACAAAUCGCUCUAUGAAAAUCCCUCUGUAAAAGCCUGGAUUGAGCUUACAAAGGUGUGUAUGACCCAGAUCAUUCUCUUUAACCGGCGCAGGGAAGGAGAGGUGGCAAGCAUGCCCUUAUCUGCAUUUUUAUCGAGAGACACCUCUGAUCCACAUCAGGAUGUGGACUGGGCUCUGUCUGAAGUGGAAAGAAAACUUUACAGACACUUUACACGGAUUGUCACCAGGGGGAAACGUGGUCGCCCAGUUCCAAUUCUAUUGACUCCAAAAAUGCUGUGUGCAUUAGAACUCCUUGCUAAGCAGAGAGGGGCCUGUGGGGUACUAAAGGACAAUCAGUAUAUGUUUGCGAGACCAGAAGCUAUGACACAUUUCCGAGGUUCUGAUUGCAUCCGUGGAUUUGCCAAGGUGUGUGGUGCAAAAUGUCCUGAAUCACUGACAUCUACCAGACUGCGAAAGCAUGCUGCAACCCUUUCAACUGUGCUGAACAUGACAGACACAGAGAUGGACCAGCUGGCCACCUUUCUUGGACAUGACAUUAGAAUCCAUCGUGAGUUCUAUAGACUCCCUGAGAAGACCCUGCAACUUGCAAAGAUCAGCAAAGUUCUAAUGGCACUCGAGCAGGGAAGAUUAGCUGAGUUUCAUGGCAAGAACUUGGAUGAAAUUCAGAUAGAUCCAGAUGAAAAAGUUCUGGACAGUGAUGAGGAAGACUUCCAGGAGAAAUGUCAGGCAGAUUCAUCAAUUAUAGAUGAACCAUCAGCAGAGGAGAUACUUCCUCCUACCGAAAGGAAUGAAAUGCCGCCACCACCGUCCAAGAGACAUAAACCACUACCAUUAGAUGAUACAUCACCGUCAGUAGUCAGUACUGUGAGGCCUUCAUCCAAAGGUAAAGUGACCCAAAAGAAGAGACCCUGGCAGCAGACAGAGGUGCAGGCAGUGGAGAGGCACAUGAAUCGGUUCAUCAUAUCUGGUAUUGUGCCAGCAAAGAGCGAUUGCGAGAGGUGUUUAAGAGCGGAACCAGAAGCUCUUAAGCAAAGAAACUGGGAGAACUUGAAAUUCUAUGUGUAUAAUCGCAUCACGGCCUACAAAAGGGAAAUUCAACGUAAAUAGGGUUAAAGUUACGAAUUCUCUGGUAUGGCUUUUUGUUUCCGUUUGCCAGUGAUUUGGAAAAGUUCCUGUUUUAAAACUCAGUCAACAGGAAUUUAUUUGCUUUUAGAUUCAUUUGACUUCAUUUGGUGAGUUUGUGAAGUUGA